AUGGAUCAAGAAAAAGAAGAUUUUCCCAUUACAGCAUUACAUGAAAUUAAAAUUUUACAAGGUCUCCAACACGAUAAUAUUGUACGAUUGAUUAAAAUGUGUCGAUUACCAGUAGAAAAUUUGUCUCGAAGUAAGUUCUAUUUCACAUUUAAAUUUUGUGAUCGUAAUCUGGCCGGUAUUUUGCGCAAUGUACAAGUCAAAUUCUCAUUGGGACAUAUCAAGUCCAUUAUGCAGCAAUUACUCAAUGCUCUUUAUUUUAUUCAUACAAAUUAUAUAAUUCAUCGAGAUAUAAAACCUGCCAAUAUCUUGAUUACACGUAAUGAUGUACAUAAAUUAGCUGAUUUUGGUUUGUCAAAAAUGAUUAUUCCACUGAAUCUCGAUCAAAGAAAUCGAUAUACCUAUCCGGUGGUCACAAUGUGGUAUCGCCCUCCUGAAUUGCUAUUAUCUAGGUGA